GAAUGCUUGAGUGGUAAAUGUUAUCAGCUUUUAAUUGGUUCCAUAGUGUUACCGGUAACUGGCCUUGAUGGUAGUGUAACCUUUAUAUUUGUUACAGAGUGUAAUAUUAACAAAAAAAUUUCAAUGGUUUUGUUUAUAAAUAGUAGUUGUUCAGCAGUUGAAGUGGCAAGAGGCGCAAAGCGUCUGAAUCCGGAAUCUGCAUUAGCGCUAGUGGAACCUAAAACCAUUGUGAACACAGUGGAGAAACACCAACAUUCUUUGUCUUCAGCUGGAUCAUCUCAAGCUCCACUUUGUAGACCAUGGGACCGAGGAGAUCUUAUGAGGAGGCUUGCGACCUUCAAGUCUAUGACAUGGUUUGCCAAGCCUAAGGUUGUAAGUGCUGUAAAUUGUGCAAGGAGAGGUUGGGUCAAUGUGGACACAGAUAUCAUAGCUUGUGAAUCUUGUGGAGCUCGUCUCCUUUUUUCUGCUCCAUCGUCUUGGACGCAGCAGCAAGUUGAGAAGGCAGCCUUGGUAUUUAGCUUAAAGUUAGACAAUGGACACAAAUUACUCUGCCCCUGGAUUGACAAUAUCUGCGAUGAAACACUGGCUCAGUUUCCUCCAACACCGCCUCCUUUUUUAGUUGACAAGUUUCGAGAACGUUCUUCUGCACUUUUACAACUGUUAGCGCUUCCAGUAAUAUCAUCUUCUGCCAUUGAGUAUAUGAGAAGCCCUCAGUUAGAAGAAUUUCUUAAACAUUCGUUAAUGCCGGAAUGUGGUGAUGGAUAUGCGAAGGCUUCUCAAAUAGAUUACCUUGGCAGUGCCUGUGAAGACUUUUCUGCUGACUUAUAUUAUCAGGCACAAAAGCUCAUAAGUUUAUGUGGCUGGGAACCACGCUCACUUCCUUAUGUGGUUGAUUGUGAGGACAGCGUAAAUAAUUUUGUUAUAGAUGUUGAUGGACAAAAUCCAUGCAUUGAUGCUCAAUCUGGUGGUAGCAAUGAAAUUGUUGAGGCAGCUGAAAACUCUGGGAUUCAUAAAUCUGUUGUGUUGGAUUGCAGGCUUUGUGGUGCUAGUGUUGGAUUAUGGGCUUUUAGUAUGGUUUCCCGUCCAGUAGAGUUUUUUAGAGUAGUGGGAUAUGCUGAUGAAAAUGGUGAAAACAAUUCUGGAACUCAUGGUGCAGAGAAUGAAAAUCAUGAAGUUGCUAUGAACACUGUCUCAAAUGGUGCCCCAUUGCAUAAGGAUACUUCACCGAAUUUAAAUCUGACAAUUGCAGGGGGUCCACCACCAACAAAACAGAACUUUAAAGCAACCAUUUCUUUACCACUUAUUGGCCGAACUUUAAGGGCUAAGUUCUCAAAUGAUUCUAAUUUUAGCGAUAGUAUUUAUGAUAAACAAGAAGAAAUUCGACAUGGAUCUAAGAAUAGUAAUUUGCUUAAGGAGGGAUUAGACAGCACAGAACCCAAUCUUACUGGACAAGUUGUCCAGAUAGAAGAGAUGGGGUUGUUGAGGAGUAAACAACACGAUCAAGGAACAGAUAGUUCUACAAAUGAUGAACAAUCCCCUGGUCCAAAUCAUAACGCUAGUGAAAGAGGUGAUACUCUUGGAAAGGAGAAUAGGGAUCAUAUGCCUAUGGAAGGAACAAGUGUCACCCAGCAAGCCACAUUUUCUGAAACAGCAAACGUUGAUCCAUCAAGAGGGGAAUCCAGUGGCUCUGAAUCUAGAGAUUCUUCUAUUACAACUCAGGAUGCUAAUUUAACUAUUGCAAAUGGGAAACAGAGCAAAAAUGAAAGAUCAUUGAUGAUUACAUCUGACAAUGCAGUCGUUUCUAGAAGUACAGAAGCAUUGCAUCUUCUUUCAUUUGGCAAUUGUUGGAGCUAAUUAUGUUAUACCUUUCUACUUGUGCCUUCUGCAAUUUCUUCAUUGAUAUUGUCUAGGAGCAAGGCUAUACUUAGAAUUGAGUUAUACAAUCAGGUAAAAAACAAAGGACAAAAUAGUUAUUUUACAUAAAUUUUGUGCAAUUUUUGUCUGGUUAUAUGAUUCAGUUGUAAGCAAAACAUUAUUGUAUUGUCUAGUGAGUAUAACAAUUAUUGUCUUGGCCUCUUCUCUGCUUAACAGUGCAUUAAUAUUAAAUUAAUGAAUCUAAUAUGGUUGCAACCUUGUCCUUUUUGCAACUCAUUUUUGUCUUAAGAUCAUUCACAGCUCAUCAUCUUUUCUUUUCCAACAUUGAGGAAGGACCCUGAAGAGGAAUCCUGUUAUCGUAUUUAAUAUUGACUAAACCCUAUGUUUCAGGGUCAUUAUUGGUGUGAGGCUAAUUUAAUUCACAAAGUUGCAUUAGAUUUUGAUAGCUGGUUUCUUCCCCUAUCCAUAAGCUGACUGUGUCACACACUAGGUGGAAUAAUUUUGACGGG